UUCUUUUUCUUUUUCUUUGCCCUUUUUAAGCUUUACCUAAAUCCAUCAUUUUAAUUCUAACAAAUAAUUUUCUCUCAUCAUUUCCCCAUUUUCAAGAUUUUGCUUCAAAUUGUUACAGUGUUUUCUUUUUCCUAAUAACAAUUGAAUCUUUUCAAAUACCCACUUGUUUGAAUCAAUCUUUAUGUGCAGAUCAAGAAUCUUGAACUUGAAAGUCAGAUUCUUUUUGUAAGCUAAGUGAUGAUGGCUACAAUACUUUGAUGAGGUUUCCUAUUUACCUGUAUUAAAAUUAUAAAGCAAGAUGAUAUCUGAGAAUAUGGAGGGUGAGACAUCACUUCAUCAAGAACUCGAGGUUUUAAGUGUGUCAAAACGUCUUGUUAGAACCCUGAGCCAAAAGUUGAAAAGAAAGAACAAUGUUGUUGCAGCUGAAGACGAGGACGUCAGACGGGGGAUUUCAAUAAGAUGUCCAACUUUAUACAGUCGGGGCGGGGGUUGCAAAGUUGGUGCAACAACUGGUGAAGAAUUUGGUGAUAUGGGCUGUCGAAGACGUUUUUCGACUUCUAGUGAAGACGGAAAAGGGUACAAACCAGUAUGUGGGACUGGAACCGAGGAUACCAAUAUGGAUUGCUUCUCGUAUGGAGUAAAGGAGAGAUUUUGGAAGAGAAGUAAUAGGAAGAUUCCUGAAGUCGAAGGUGUACAUGUGUUUCUUCCCGAUGAUAUUGUCGAAAUGUGUUUAGUGAGGCUCCCGUUGACUAGUCUCAUGAAAGCCCGUUUGGUAUGUAAAAAAUGGAGAAACUUGACUACAACACCUCGAUUCACGCAAAUGAGACGUGACGGUCUGUAUCAUAGCCCAUGGUUGUUUCUUUUCGGUGCGGUUAAAGAUGGAUUUUGCUCUCGGGAAAUACACGCCUUAGAUGUUUCUAUGAAUCAAUGGCAUAAAGUCGAGUCAGAAGUUCUUAAAGGCCGGUUCUUGUUCUCGGUUGUCAGCAUCCAAGAAAAUGUUUACAUCGUUGGAGGCUGUUCUAGCUUGACAAAUAUCGGUAGACUUGACCGAAAUUCAGUCAAGACCCACAAAGGGGUUUUGGUGUUUAGCCCGUUAACCAAGUCAUGGCAUAAGGUUGCAUCCAUGAAACACGCAAGGUCAAAACCGAUUUUAGGGGUAUAUGAAGUCAACUCAGAUAAUUUGACCAUCAAAAGUCAACACAACCGACAAGAUCGACGUCUGGUCAGGACAAGAAUCGGUGGAGUAUCGGAUGUUUACGAGGAUCCGCAUAGACUUUCAGUUAGACGCCAGUUAAGAUACUCUCUUGAUGAAAACGAGGUUUCAUUUAGACAAAAAAGCGACAACUCGAGCAAAAAGAAUUCUAAUAGGUUCUUGAUUAUGGCUGUAGGUGGUGUUGGAUCAUGGGACGAACCGUUAGAUUCAUGUGAAAUAUACGAUUCUUCUUGUAAUAAAUGGACGGAAAUCCAAAGAUUGCCCGUUGAUUUUGGAGUUGUUUGCUCGGGAGUUUUUUGUAACAAGCUAUUUUAUGUGUAUUCAGAAAAUGAUAACCUAGCAACGUAUGACAUAGAAAGGGGGUAUUGGAUCAGAAUUCAAACAACACUGUUACCUGCCCGUGUACACGAGUAUUACCCAAAGCUGAUUUCGUGUGAAAAUAGGUUAUUUAUGGUGUCAGUUUCCUGGUGUGAAGGAGAAGGUCAAAUUGGUAGAAGGAAUAAAGCGGUUAGAAAGGUGUGGGAACUUAAUCUGAUGUAUCUUAAUUGGGAAGAAAUUUCAACACAUCCCGACGCUCCUAUGGAUUGGAACGCAGCAUUUGUUGGUGACAAAAAUAUGAUUUUGGGGGUUGAGAUGUUUAAAAUUUUUGGUCAGGUGUUGGAUUUCUUGACCAUGUUUAAUGUGUCUGAUGCAUCAAAGAACUGGAUCCACAUUUCGAGAAACCAAGUUGCUCAUCAACUGGAUGCUUCUUCAUGCAUGACAAAAUCCGUAGCUAUCAUGCACUUGUGACUCUAGAAACCAGCAACCCGACUCAAUGGUCAGUGACUUGUGACUUGUGACUUUAGGUAUCAAGCAGCUUGCAAGCUGUAUCCUUUGUUGUGAAGUUGUAGUAACUCGUGCAGUUAGAUCAUUUCUACAUGAUUUGUUCCGUUUGUGCUCAUUUUAUUUAUUGUUUCUUCAUGAGAUUCUUAUUUGUCCAAUGUAGCAUAAAUUUGUUUGCGCCUACAUCGACAUUCGACAUAUUAAUCACUCAUUGUUUGAUUUGAUUUG